GUUCUAGUCACAUCACGGCGCUGAGGUUGUCAUAUUGCCUGAGUAUGAACGAGACGGUGUUGAGAAUAAAUAUCGCCAUUGUGCGUCGAAAACGUAUUGGAAAUCGUUUCAGAUUUCAACAUAUGAUAAUAGCUUUGAAUGCAACAGCCUGACAGAAAUGCGUGUGUAAGAUGUCCCAGCAGUCUGCAAGCGCCCAGCGAUCUAUUCCCCAGAGCAAGGAGGCCCUGUUGAAGUCCUACACGAUCCGACUGAAGGAUGACGUGAAGUCCAUGCUAGACAACUUCACAGAAAUCAUUAGACUUGCCCGCGUUGAGGAAGACGGUCAAGUAUCCAGGACGGCUCAGGCAGAGCAGGACCAGUAUGAGAUGCAAGUGAGGGCCAGCAAUAUUGUGAGAGCUGGUGAAUCCUUGAUGAAACUUGUCUCAGAUCUGAAGAUUUACUUGAUACUCAACGAUUUCCCGUCUGUUAACGACUCAAUAGCUCAUCGAACACAGGUGUGCAAGCGCCUGCAGAACGAGAUCGACGCCAAGCUUCUCUCGGUUCGAGACGAUCUCGCGACAGAUUUGUACGAACUGGAGGACGAGUAUUAUUCAUCAGUGUACAAAUAGUUGCCAAAGCUGUGUAUAGUGGGCCGACAACCAGCUUGAAGGACUUAAACUAUUCAUUGGUGUACGAAAAGUUUCCAUAGCUUUGUACAGUGAGCGUGUAAGCCCCUGCUACAAGCUGUAGGAUAUUAACUAUUCAUUGGUGAAUCAAUAAUUUGUGAAACAGGCUACACAUUGUGAAGCUUUUCUUAUUGUUUGCAGAUAAUCUAUAUUUCUGAAGUUGUUUGUAUUAAUUGUAUUAGGUGCUACACAUUAAGAAGUGAUAGUCGAUUGUAAGGUCAACUUGUAAGUGGUGUGUCAGACACUUUAACGUAUUUGGCUCAUUUGAGAAAAGUGAAGUUAGUGAAAUCGCCUUGUGCAUUUUACGUUUUGGAAAUAAUUUUCCUGUCACCAACUUUCCUUGGUGGAACUCUUGGCUGAUGUUAUACUUUCAUCUUGCAUAGAAUUGAGCUGAAGUAUAGACUUUAUUUUGUGACAAACCCAUAUCAGAAGCCAAGUUAUUGACCUUUUGUGCUGCAGUCAGUAGUGUUUAACGUUUAUGAUUUGUAAUACAUGUAAACACCUUGA